CGUGAUAUUACUAGACAUUUUCAUCACGUGAUUCACAACAUGGCGGACGAAGCGGAUGAUAAACAACCCAACGGGUCUGAAGAAACAGAGGAAAAUGGCGCAGAGGAAGAUGAAAUGACCUUCGUGGAUGGUCAGCUGGCAUUCAUAGGACAUGAUGCAGAGGAAAUUCCCCAGAAGCUAAUCGCUGAUUACGCUGGCAUCACACGCAGAUUAGAUCUGAGUUUCAACCAACUACGGUCUCUGGGUGGAGUUGAAGAAUUUGUCAAUCUGGAAGAAUUAAUACUUGACAAUAAUUGUUUUGAUGAACACUUACAAUUUCCAAGGAUGGAGAGCUUACAUACUGUCACAAUAAAUAAAAAUAAAAUUAGUAAUUUAAAUAGUUUACUUGAAAAUCUUGCCUCCAACCUUCCUGCUCUGAGAUACCUCAGUCUCCUUGGAAACAUUGCAUGUCCAAACCAGUUAUCUGACCAUGAGAAGGAUGAAGAAGACUAUAGAAGAUACAGAUUUUAUGUCCUGUAUCGUUUAAACAAUUUGAAAUUCCUGGAUUCAACACCUGUAAAAGCUGAUGAGUUGGCUGAAGCGAAGCGAGUUGGCCCGUUUAUGGAGAUUAUCAAGGGGACAGACGAGACAAUGGUAGAAGGUGGAAAAGAUGAGGAGGAUCCUGAUGGGUACACUCCCCUUCCUGACUCUCACAGAAAAGUCGACGACCACAAAGGUUCUUAUGGCAAGAGUAAAUAUGUGUAUUAUGGGAGACAUUCUGAAGGGAACCGGUUCAUUCGCAACAAUGACUUGUAGUCUAAAAUGACGACAACAACGACAGAAAUUGCGGCGCCAAGACAUUAGCAUUAGCAGAACAACGCCCCGUUGUUAGAGUUGACUUAACAUUCCAAAGAGUCAGAACAAUAAAAGACUAGUGCCAAUGAUUAGAGUGACCACACCAAUUUCACAUUAGUGGUGGAUUUAGAGGAGACUCCCUCCUUUCAUGACCAAAUUGUUUAUUUUUGCAUGUAAAUUUGUAUUUAUGUGGUACCAUAGGGGAGUUGAGGAUGAUAUGUUACAGGCCCCUCGGCUAUUUGUGUGCGAUAGGGAGUGGAGGAUCAUGUGACAGUCCCCUGUGUCAAACCUGUAUACUACAAUGGAAUCAAGGAACAAACGUGACAGUCCCCAUAGUAUAUCACUAUUUUAGUGAGUUUGGGCUCAUAUAUUAAAAUUCCGUUUGGUAUCGAGGAUCAUAUGGACAUUUACCUGUGGCAUACCUUUAUACUACAAAGAAAUCAAGGAUAAAAUGUGACUGACAGUUACCUGUGGCAUAUCUGUACAAUAGCGAGUUGAGGGCUAUAUAUCAAAAUUCCCUUUGGUAUCAAGGAUCAUAUUGACAUUCCCCUGUGGUAUAUCUUUAUAAAGUACAAAUAUAUCAAGGAUAAAUUGUGACAGUCCCCUGUGAUAUGUCUGUACUAUACAGUUUGUAAGUGAGGAUCUUAUAUUACAGCCCUGUGUUGUAUAUCUAUAACUAUAUACAAUAAUGGAGACAUGGAUCAUAUUGAUGAAUGUGACAAAAGAAAGUGCAGGUCAAACUGGAUUUUUUUUUUAAAUUUGUGCUUGAAUUGCUAUUUUACCAUUCAUGGUUGGUAUGACAUUGCUUAGAAGAUUAUUUGCUUUGAAAGAUGAGUGUCUAAAUAUGAUUGAUGAGCGAGUUAUCAAAGGAAGGUAUGCAAAAUUAUUAUAUUUAUUAAUGUAAUUCUUGCAAAGCAAUUAUACAGUUCUGAAUUAAGCCAUCCUUUUAAAUUCAGUAUUACAGAACUGUCUCUCUGAAAUCAAAAUAUUCUACUCUUAUAAUAAAACAGCUUAUAAUGCUAUACUUGCCUUUCCCGUUUUCAAAUAUAUGGGAUUGUAUUUGAUCUUGUAUGCCAUACCUUUCACCACUGUAGACCAUUAUGGACCCAUUCAGAUCCUUAUUUCCUUAAGAAUUACUGUGUGCAUCUCACUCAAUGUAUCGCAAAACCCCAUUUUAAUGUCCAAAUUUCCCAGGACAAUUGGUGGCAGUUUAAAGAGUUUUUUCUGUAUUUACCAGGUAAUUCCAUUAAUUUAGCUCACGAAAAGAAAUUUCCUCUACUGUUAAAUAGUAAUAUCUGUUAUUAAUUGUGCAAUCACUGUAUAAAUUCGGGGAAACUUACUUGUGUGAUUUUUUUUUAGCAAGCUUCAAUUACAUUUUUGAUGUGUAAUCUAUUGUUCAUCUGUCCAUCACAUGUCAAUUUCUUAUUCCGAUUUCAAUUAUCUAGUGAUACGUGCGACUGAUGGAGCUAUUUUGUGGAAAUAUUUCUGCCCUUCUUUGAUAUGAUACCAGCCUGAAAGGUCGAAGAAAAUCACCUGCAGAUGUUCCCCUCAUAAAACAUCUACCCUGGGUAAAUCAUGUCUUGGUGUCCACUGGGUAAAUCUUGUUUAGGUGUUAUAUGGGUAAAAGAUGUAUGCAAUUUACACUGUACAAAUGAUGUAUGGGAUUACAGGGUAUACAUUUUAUUGAAGUUGUAUGAAUUAUUGAUAGACUGUACUGUUUGUGUGUGCGUAAUUAAAACAAACCCAUGAAUAAAAGUAUUAACUCAUUCACCCCUAAAGACACAUUUGAG